AUGGCCAAAGCAUACACAGUUGAGAAGUUUGAUUACCACAUAGCAGAGGUAGAGAAAAUUGAUAAGAGGCUCAAAGAUUACUUAAUGAAUGUUGGCUAUGAAAGAUGGCCCAGAGCAUAUUUCACUGUCAACAGAACAUUGGCGAUGACUUCAAACAUUGCGGAGUCGAUCAAUGCAGCUCUCAAGGCUGCUAGGGAACACCCAGUGACCCCUUCGACGAGUUACUUAUAUUCAGUACUUGACAAGGGUAAGCAGAGAAUGAUGUUCCUAAAAGAUCGAACUUGUAGUUGUAGAAGGUUUCAGUUGGAUGAACUACCAUGUGCACAUGCUUGGGCAGUAUUAAAAUACAAAUACAUUGAUCACAUUGAGUAUUGCUCGAUGUACUACACCACGAAGUACCUAUUGAAGACCUAUGAAAUUCCAAUUUAUCCAAUUCUUGAUGAAAGCACAUGGGAAAUUCCUGCAGAAGUUCUAAAUGAAAAAGUCUUGCCACCAGAUGUGACUAAAACAAUUGGAAGGCCAAGGAAGGGGAGGUGCAAGCCAAUAUCUGAAAGGGAACGAAAAAGGUCGAUUUCAUGUGGACAGUGUGGAGAAGAAGGUCACAACAGGAAAACUUGUAGAAAUAAUCCAAAGAGAGGAUGA